AUUCAGUUCAGUUCUUCACUAUACUAGCUACAGAACCCAACUAGACAGUUCAAGCAGGAUACAUUUGAUAUUGAUCGGAAGGACGUUUUUGCGGUGAUGGGAGAUGUACUUGGCCAUCAUCUUUUUCUCUGGUUUUGUGCAUGCAGUUGAAUACUCUCACAUAGCGGUAUUAGAUCAACAAGGCAAUUACAGACUAGAAUGGAUUCCUUUAAAAGAUUCUAUAAGGUUCAGGGUUUCUGUUGUAACACAUGGAUAUGUGGGACUUGGUUUCUCUCCCUCAGGAAGAAUGCAUGGAGCUGAUAUUGUUUUUGGUUGGAUUGGGGAUGAUGGAAGUAUUUACCUCACGGACCGACAUGCAGUGGGAAAUAGAUCUCCUUUCUUGGAUAAAUCUCAAGAUCUUACGUUGAUAUCAGGAGCGGAGAAUGAAACUCACACCGUUAUAGAGUUUUCCCGACUCUGGAGAACCUGUGACGAAGAGGACCUUCAUCUUGGUACUGAUACUGUCCGGAUAAUCUGGGCUUAUAGUGAAGACGAUCCGAUUGAUCCAUCACACCUUCCAUAUCAUUCAGUACUGAGGCGAGGGACUAGAUCACUUCACCUUGCAGAACCCAUGCCUGAUUCUACACCCUUAUCUCCUCAUAAAACUUGGGAUAUUCAUGCAGAUAAUUUGCUUCUCCCGUCAGACGAUCAUACACAUUAUUGGUGCAGAAUCUACCAAGCUCCAGAUCUAGACAAAAAACAUCAUAUGAUUGCACUAGAACCAUUGAUUCAACCAGGACACGAAUCUUAUGUUCACCACAUGGUUCUCUAUGAGUGUCAUAUUCCUGCAAACCAUGUAACUACUUCCGGAGCUACAACAGCAGAUUGGUUCCAGCGGCAUGUGAAUCAGCCUGGACAACCUUGCUACAGCCCAAACAUGCCUGCAGAAUGGUCAUUUUGUCUCGCAACCAAUGCAUGGGCCUGGGCAGUAGGUUCCCUCGGAGAAAGACUGCCAGAACAUACAGGAAUGCCUCUUGGUGAACAGUUUGGAGGGGCUACAUAUUUCAUGCUAGAGACACAUUAUGACAAUCCUGCUCUGCACGCUCCAUUGAUAGACAACUCUGGUAUUCGGAUCCAUUAUACUGAUAAUCUACGUACCUAUGAUACAGGAAUGCUAUUAGUUGGAAGUGAGGUUAAUUUCCUCCAAUUUAUUCCACCGAAGCAGAAUUUAUUUACUAGUAUUGGUCAUUGUAGCUCUGAAUGCACGUCUCAAGGAUUGCCUCCGUCAGGAAUAAAAAUUAUUAGUGGAGUUCUUCACUCCCAUCUUGCAGGACGAAAGAUGAGAUUACGACAUAUUAGGAAAGGGAUCGAACUUCCAGUGAUAUUAGAGGAUAAUCAUUAUGAUUUUAAUUAUCAGGCUAGUAGGAUUCCUUCUAUUGAAACUACAGUAUAUCCGGGUGAUCAUCUUAUUUUGGAAUGUGACUACAAAACAAGCACCCGUGAUGCCCCUACUUUUGGAGGACUUUCUACAAGAGAUGAAAUGUGCCUUGUCUUCAUAUUAUAUUAUCCCAGAUCUUCACUUGCUGAUUGUCGAUCUCUCCCUGCCCUACAUACGCUAACAAAUGCUCUGGGUAUCCAGGAAAUCUACGGACAAUCAUUUCAACGAUUGGUUGAGUUCAUGAAGGACAUUGGAGGUGAAGGAACUUCAGAUAACCAAGCUAGUCUUUCUAAUCUACUGCACAGUCUCGGCGAAGAGACUGGCAACCUUGUGCCAUCCAUUUUCCCCAGGCCUGUCUCCAGUCCACUCACUGAGGAAGAUAUACUUGCCAAACCCUUCUAUACAGUAGCAGAACCAGACCCUGACCCAACUCCGGAUGGGACAAACUACAGAACCCUACUCAUGGAACUUCUUCUUAAGAUUCGAAUAAAAGCUCCAUACAGCCUUCAUAACAUGACUGUCGGAGAAGUGUUCUCAAUAAUGGAUUGGAAGGAGAAUGGGCCAAAAAUAAAUGAUCUCUUAGUUCACGGAGAGCACAAUAGUCUUUGUUUAGCACACGGACGACAUCCUUUAAUUCCAUAUCAACCAAUAAAGUACCCCAAGUUCAAGACUCUGCCCCAGAAGGAAAAUGAUCCUUUUUGUCGACACUUGGAGAAAGAAACUGACAAUAAACAUUUUUUUCUUCCUCAUUUUUCAUGUGCCAAUCUUUCUGAAUCGUUGCUCAGUAUUCUGGUCGCAAACAUUUUAUUACUUUUAGUCUAAUGUUAAAAUUAGCCAAAUAUACAUUAUUAUAUUAAGCUCCAAAAUGUU